GCCCCGGGCCAAGGGAGAGUGGCGCGGUGGAGCCGGAGCCCCAGAAGUAGAGGGGUUACACACGUCUACAAGGAGAGGCGCACCGGACACGGUAAUUAGGAGCAAUUCACACGCUCUCGGGCGCACGGAAACUUCUUGUCACGACAUUUGCAACGCUCCUCCUCGCGCACUCCUUCGCUGGCGCCCCCUCCCAUCCCGCAGGCACUCAGCAGAGCGUGCGGAGUUUCGAAUCUUUCGGACACUGUAGAAUGAGGGGCUCCCCGGGCGCGGGCCCGGCCAAUCAGAGCGCCGACUGUCUCCCCUGGCCAAUGGCAGGCGCCACAUUGUUGUCCAAUUCUGUCUAAUGGAGCCCUGAGGAGCAACAAUAGAGCGGGCGAGCGGCUCAUUGAGAGCUGGCAGCGCCGGACUACCCGGCCCGGGGCGAGCGCAGCGUCCGGAGCGCACCGAGGGGACGCGGGUUGCAACCAGCCGGUCCCCGGCCAGGCCCCCUGCCCCGAGGGCCCUCUGGGGUGUUGAACUGCUGUGUUCUCAGAGGGGUCCGGAAGUUCGGACAUGGUGGCUGAAGGAGGGUGACGUGGUCAGAGAAGGGGCCGGGGCAAAGGGACGAGGCCGAGAGAGCCGAGGCACGAGCGGAGCUGGGCGACGCGUGCUGCGCCAACGGAGGAGGAGCCCGGAGCUCCAGGCAGGUCCAGCCAUGGAGCUGCGCUCGGAGCUGCCCAGCGUGCCGGGCGCGGCGACGGCAGCAGCGACAGCGACGGGACCGCCAGUGGCGUCGGUGGCGUCGGUGGCAGCGGCGGCAGCUGCCGCAGCAUCGCUACCAGUGAGCGUGGCGGGAGGCUUGCUGCGGGCGCCGCCGCUGCUGUUGAGGGCAGCGGAGAAGUACCCGCGGACCCCCAAGUGCGCGCGCUGCCGCAACCACGGAGUGGUGUCUGCGCUCAAGGGCCACAAGCGCUACUGCCGCUGGAAGGACUGCCUGUGCGCCAAGUGCACGCUCAUCGCCGAGCGCCAGCGCGUCAUGGCGGCGCAGGUAGCGCUGCGCCGGCAGCAGGCGCAGGAGGAGAACGAGGCGCGCGAGCUGCAGCUGCUGUACGGCACUGCCGAGGGCCUGGCGCUGGCCGCCGCCAACGGCAUCAUCCCGCCGCGGCCUGCCUACGAAGUCUUCGGCUCGGUUUGCGCCACCGACGGCGGGGGGCCGGGAGCUGGAGCGCCCGCGGGCAGUGCAGGGGGCGCAGGGGGCGCAGGGGGCGCAGAGGCCAAGUUGCAGAAGUUUGAUCUGUUUCCCAAGACGCUGCUUCAGCCCGGCCGUCCCGACAGUCCGCCGCCACCUCCAGGGAAGCCCUUGUCACCCGACGGCGCGGACUCAGGUCCCGGGACCUCGUCCCCGGAGGUGCGACCCGGCUCAGGCUCGGAGAACGGAGACGGCGAGUCCUUUUCGGGGUCGCCUCUGGCCCGGGCCUCCAAGGAGGCGGGUGGCAGCUGUCCUGGGAGCGCGGGCGCCGGCGGUGGCGGCGAGGAGGACAGCCCCGGCUCCUCCAGCCCUCUGGGUUCAGAAUCGGGUUCGGAGGCUGACAAAGAAGAAGCCGAGGCCGCACCGACUCCGGGGCUGGGCGGCGGGCCGGGGCCGCGGCAGCGGACGCCGCUGGACAUCUUGACGCGCGUCUUCCCGGGCCACCGGCGAGGCGUCCUGGAGCUGGUGCUGCAGGGCUGCGGCGGCGACGUGGUGCAGGCCAUCGAGCAGGUGCUCAACCACCACCGCGGAGGCCUGGCGGCCGGCCUGGGCCCCGCCGUGCCGCUGGAGAAGGCCGCGGUGAGCGCGGCCGCGGCGGUGGAGGACGCGUGGCCCGGGCGCGUGGAGGCCGCAGCCGCCGGGGGAGCCGGGCUGCCCGCUCCGCUGACGACCGGGCCCGCCGCGCCCCCGCACCACAGACCCUUGCUGGCCGGGGCCAUGACGCCCGGCGCGCUAGGCUCGCUCAGCAGCCGCUCCGCCUUCUCGCCGCUGCAGCCCAACGCCAGCCACUUCGGCGCCGACGCGGGCGCCUACCCUCUGGGCGCACCGCUCGGCCUGAGCCCCCUGCGCCUGGCCUAUUCGGCGGCGGCGGCCCACAGCCGCGGCCUGGCCUUCAUGGCGCCCUACUCCACGGCCGGCCUGGUGCCCACGCUCGGCUUCCGGCCGCCCAUGGACUACGCCUUCAGCGACCUCAUGCGCGACCGCUCGGCCGCCGCCGCCGCCGCCGCGGUGCACAAGGAGCCCGGCUACGGGGGUGGGCUGUACGGGCCCAUGGUCAACGGCACCCCCGAGAAGCAGUAGGGGAUGGGGCCAGGCAGCCCGGCCACCCGCCAUCGACCCAGCCGCGGGCCCCUCCUCGCCCUGCCCUGCGCCCUCCGCUCACAGUUG